AUGUUUCUGUCCAAAUUCAUCUCCGUUCUUUUGUUCUCUGACUUGGCAAUAGCUUGGGUGAGCAGUGAGGCAGCAAAGUCAAUGGAUGUUGAAACCUUGGUGCCGGUAACCUUCACAACCUUAUCAGAAUCAGACGAAACUCAGAUUUCAUCUCCAAAUCCACCAGAAACUCUACUUUCCAUCCUCAUCAAUACCAGUACUACACCUAGUUCUCCAUCCACAACACUAAAUUUCCUUCCACUUUCCUUGACAGCAACACUGCGCACUCUUAGUGAAAAUGACUCCAAAGCAGCUCCAACCACGUCCAGCAGCUCCAGCUCCACUAAUGUCCAAAUUUCAGAACCGCCUCUAAGUACACAAGCUCUACCAAGAGAAACAGGAUUUAGCACUCCAGACCAGUUCAAGGUUCAAAUCCUUCAAGCUCAGAAUUGGUACAGAGCUGCGCAUGGUGCAAAACCGCUUGUCUGGAAUGAUAUUUUGGCUGAUACCAGUUCUGAAUGGGUGGCGAGAUGUGUUUGGGAACUUGAGGUAUGUUAUGCUUUCUAGUCUGAAGCAUUCAAUUGUCGUGGCUACUCUACAUAUUAAUCGUUGUACUUAUUCUCGGGACCACAGUCAACUCCAGGCAUAGGCAAAUCAUUUGUAUCUGUUAUACCAACAAGUGUUUUUGGAAUUAUAAACUACUUGGGGUUGGAACGUCAGUUCUAUAAUUGGUCAGAUCCAGGAAUGAACAAUUCUACGAAACAAUUUACGCAGAUGGUAUGGAAGAAUACAGCGCAGGUUGGAUGUGCUUGGAAUAAUUGCCGUGAGUACUCCUUUAUACUUUCAACACACUAUUGGAGAUUGAGAUGUUCUGUGUCACUUGCCACUCUAGUUCCACAGUCCCUUGAAGAGAAAGAAAACGCUAACAUCGAAUUUUGUGCUAGCACCCGGAUCAUCACCAGACCCCUCUCCUCCUGCUUCAAAUGAAGUUGCACUAUUUCUAUUAUGUCAAUACUACCCCAAAGGAAAUCAAGGAAGUUCCCAAGACUGGAGCAACAAUGUGGGAGAGUUAGAAUCUGGAACUUUGGGAGAGGGCGUUGUUGCUGUUGAUGGUUUUGGGCUGAGCAGUUCAACCGGCACAAGUGGUACUAGUAGUACAACUAGUAGUUCUUCCGCUGCUACUGGAGUGGAUAGUCAGAGCAUGGCUAAUAAGCUUCAUCAUGGUCUUUUUGAAGCGAUUGCCACCUCAGCCCUUAUCAUUGGUUUGGUCACUAUAUGUCCUUCGAUUAUUGUCCCUCUCAUUCUAGCUUUUGGUUUCGCCGAUGCAACAUUUCAAGUGGGCAUUUCUGCUUCCUUUACAACAACCCAUCAUGUGGGAGCGGUAUCUAAGCCAACCAUUACACUCAUAGUCAAUACUCAGGCUCCUCCAGUGGAGACUGGGUUUAGUUCACCUCUGCAGUUGCAAGCAUCUAUGCUUAAAGGUGUAAACUGGUACAGAAAUAAAUUUGAUGAUACAGCAAUUGUUUGGGAUGAAAGCCUAACUUCUGACGGUGAAGCUUGGCAAUAUGUGAUAGGUCAGUACUACCGACCAGGAAAUCCGGAUGGAAUUUCCUAUGACGAUCAGCAAUGGACGGGGAAUGUAUCGGGGUUAGGCUGGGAAUUCCUAGAUGACAUUUCUUACGGAAUCCCAAGAUCAUCACUGUUUACCGAUUCAUUCAGGACAAAGACCGCUACAAAAAUACCUUUUAACACCGCGUUGGCUUCAACAACUGCUCUCACAACUAGUACCACCGUCACAGUAUCCAGUAUUGAGACCGCAAGUAUAGCAAGUUCGUUUGUGGGGACCUUCUUCACAAUGAUUAUCAGCUUAACGAUCUCUUUUUCGAUCUCUAAGCAUCCUUCUGUCUUGAUAUCUUUCCUUCUGAGCUCUGGUCUUGUGAUUGCUAUGCCGCAAUCCGAUAUGUUGACCACAAAAUCAUCAAAGUCAGGGCCAGCUUUCUCCUCAACUCCACAGCCAGGCUCAACUUUCCUUGAAACUUCGAUGCCUAGAUCCGUCUCGGUAACUUCAGUCGAAAAUCUCAAUGCAUUACCGAUUUCGGCAGAAAGAUUUGUCACAAUCAUACCACGACCUUCCCAAACUACAACAAAUGAUAUAACCACAUCGCCUAUAGGUAGCGUCACAUAUAAUCCUUACGUCUCUGGUCAAUUCAACAUGCCGACACUGAAUACACAAGCUCAACCAUGGCAAACAGGAUUUAGCUCCCCCGCACAAUUCAAAGCCGAAAUUCUUUGGGGAAUUAAUUGGUAUCGAGGUUUUUUCAACUACAGUAACCUUAUUUGGAAUGAUACUAUAGCUGGCUGGAGUACCGACUGGGUUCAUUGUUGUGAUUGGAAUGAUACGGUAUGUUAUUUCUUUUUAUAGCUUGUUACUUCCUGUCGAUACUAAUGCUCAGCCAUCACAGUUAGUUGUGACGGACCCAGACCUCGGGUCUACUAGCUUUAUGGCUAUCAAUGUAGGUGGUAUGAGUGAUACUCCUGGUGUGUUAGAUGUUGUCAAUGCCUGGGGAGCGGAAUCUGUUGAAUACUAUAGUGCGGACGGUGGCCCAAAGUUACCAACUUUCCCCAUUGGCAGCAUUGCAAGUGAUGAUUUUACACAAAUGGUAUGGAAUGGAACAACACAGGUUGGAUGUGGCUGGAAUAAUUGUCGUAUGUUAUUAUUAUUAUUCUUUUAUAAAAAUCCCCUCCUAGCUAUCCCCUUUAAAUAAAUGCGUCACUACUAUAUAAAAUCCCUAACACGAAACCUCACUAGCUGCUGGCUCCUCACCAAUCUUUACAAACAACUUACCUUGGCAAUUCACAUUUUGUCAAUACUACCCACAAGGAAACACCGGCGAUACAAAAGCAUGGUAUAAAAAUAUCCAGCCCGUAAAUCCAGGAAUCAUAUCCCAACUUAUCCACGGAAUCACCUCAAGCGAUGCAUCAUUCAGUGUAGUCAGUACAACUACUAUUCUGGGACACCAUUCCAGUACUACCAUUGGUAUAGCUCACACUUCGAAAAACGUGGCGGAGAAAUUGGAGGUUUCUUUGUUGGUGGUGGUUAUUAGCUUGGUUAUUGUGGUUGCUGGCUUGCUUUAG